AUGCUUGUUCGUCUUCUUCGCGCCUAUAUCAGCCGCGAAACCCUAACCUCUCUCCUCAAACCCCUCCGCCUCAUCCACCAAACCCUCCUCCUCCUCUUCUUCAAAAUGUCCCAACCAUCUCCCCCAUUCGACCCGACCCGGCCCGCAAUCCCAAUCUCCUACCCGAUCAAAACCCUAGAAGACCUCCAAUCCCGAUCCUACUUCGACUCCUUCCACUUCCCCUUCAACAAAUCCUCCGUGGCUCAUAAGCAUGGUGUUAAGGAAAUGUUGUUUUUCGAUUUGCUUAUGCUCUUGAUUGGAUGGGAAUUUAAGGUGUUGGGGACUUUCAUCACAGAAUGGGAGGAAGGAAAACGUGUAUGCGACAAAUUGCUGGCCACAAAGGAGACUGCUGAGAUGUAUGCUGAGCGCUUGCUAGAGGUUGCUGUGGCUUUGGGCUUCGAUGGAUGGCUGAUCAAUAUGGAAGUUGAAUUGGAGUUGGGCCAAAUCCCUAAUGUGAAAGCAUCUGUCAGCUAUCUAACUGAGAGAAUGCAUUCCUCAGCCCCUGGAUCUUUAGUGAUAUGGUAUGGUAGUGUUACAACUGAUGCUAAAUACAUGUUACAUGCAAUUUAUAUGCUUUUUUUUGUGUGUGUUAUUGAACAGGGUCAUGGAUACCAUGUUUCUAUUGAAGGCAGGAAAGUUAUAGAUUCCUCUUGGUGUAAUAUUUCUUCCCAUAGUUUCCAGCCUUUGCUUCCAUUUACCGAUAAUUCAACUCCAGAUGGUAUUCAGGCCCAUGUUGAUUUCAGUGAAACAUCUUACAGUGGUGGAGGAAGCGUCACAUUUAAAGGAAAUCUCAAAGACGACACUGAUUUCACUGCAAGACUAUUUCAGGGAGAUCUUUUGGGGGACUUGCCUUUGUACUUCACAUAUUCAGUGAAAUCAGAGAAUAAUUCUCGACUAGGCCUUUUUCUUAAUUUUGUUUCUACGUCAAAUGAAAAAUAUACAGUACUUAUUGUAUCCUGGAAUUUGCACCAAUUCUUAAGCAAAUUUAGUAGAGUGAUUAGGACACAUCAACUUGAAAAACCAGGAACUGCCCCUGGAUGGGUUAUAGAAAACAGUAGCAUCAGAAUGAAGGGAUGCAGAUUAACUAAAAUACAUGCAGUGUGCUACAGGUCAGAGCCUGAGCUUGGUCAAAGGAUUUCAAAAUCUAAAUCUAGUCAAGAUAAUUCUUGUGCUGAUAAUUCAACAGAGUACUAUGCAGUGCUUGGCCAUAUUUCAGUGAAAUUGUGUGGACAGAAUGCAGAUUUUCCACCUUCCAACUCAUGGCUUGUUGAAGGUCAGUGCAUCCAAUGGACUACAGGAUCUGAGGAUUCCAAGUACCUCAGUCUCAAGAUCACUUGGAAAUUGAGAGAUGGGAAUGAUUCUGCGUUCUUGACUUAUAACAUUUAUGUUGAGGAACUUGCAGAAGGGAAACCAAAAGUAGGACAGUCCUAUCUUGGAGUGGCUAGAGUGGAAGCUUUUUACGUUAAUGGCCUGGCAGUUGCUUCUGACACAUCUAGCUUCAAGUUCAUUAUUCAAGUGUGUGGUGGUGAUGGGAGUAGCCAGAAACUAGAUGAUUCUCCUGUUUUUCUGUUGGAUACUGCAGCUUGAUAACAAUUUGCAAGCCUAACUGACUGAAUGUUGACGGUGAACAGUGUUAUCUGAUUCCAAUAUUGUGAUUUUGGGAAUUAUCAAGUCGUACCGAAAGAAUCGAGACUCAUAUGCUAGGGAUUGGGAAUCAUCAUGUUGUACUUAAAUAACAUUAUGGAAGGUUCUAGCCCUUCAAGAGUUACAGAG